AUGAUGACUGAGACACAGCGCCACAAUGAAAUCCAAAGCCACAGAGUGCCCGACCCCACCUGGCAACCACGCCUUUCCUUGUUUGUUUUGUCACCCUCCAUCAAACGCCAACGCCACCCUUUGAUUUCUGCUCCUUAUCCUCAGACAUUCUUUCCAUCCUUGGUCUUCUUCCCUCAAUAUCUCCCUUCAACCGCCACGAUUCCCCCCACCACGAGGAAGCGAAAGGCUGCUGAGGCGACGAUUACCUCUGCCAACAGAGACGAAGUACCCAACAAGAGAGUCAUCGCCUCAGCUGCCCUCUCAGAUAAACACGCGCUGCCUCCAACUCCAAUAACCACUGUUAGCAACCCCAUGGAUUCUGACGAAGAAUACAUGUCGGCUCUCUCGACCGACGACGAGAUAAUGCAAGACGACAGCGGCGACGAGAUUUCAGCAGGAGAUGGUACGACUUUUGAUACUCCAGACACUCCCUCAUAUCCCAUCAUGACAGUUACUAACCACCGUGACAUCACAGACUUUGACGAUGAAGAGUUCGACGAGCCUGAUCCCGAUUUUGGCCUUGCCAAAGAUGUCGAAAAGAAGAAGAGAGCCGCCCACGUGGUGUCAUACAAAGUUUACGAACCGAGCGAUAUCCAGAGCCAACAGGAUGAAAUGAUUGGCGAAGUCAACAUGAUUCUAGACAUGCAGAAGGAGGAUGCUGCCAUUCUGCUCCGCCAUUUCCGAUGGAAUAAGGAACGUUUGCUAGAAGAUUACAUGGACAGACCAGAAAAGGUUAUGGAAGCUGCUGGAUUGAGCAGCACCACGUCCAGCUCACCAAAGCUGGAAGUCAUCCCUGGCUUCGUAUGUGAUAUAUGCUGUGAGGACGAUGAUGGCCUCGAGUCAUUUGCCAUGAAAUGUGGCCAUCGCUACUGCGUCGACUGCUAUCGUCACUACUUAACACAGAAGAUCCGCGAGGAAGGUGAGGCUGCUAGGAUCCAGUGUCCCUCUGAUGGAUGUGGCCGCAUCCUCGACUCCGCCUCGCUCGAUGUUCUCGUUACUCCAGCGCUGGCGGGCCGAUAUCAAGAGCUUCUCAACAGAACCUAUGUCGAAGACAAGGACAACUUUAAGUGGUGUCCUGCCCCAGACUGCCCCAACGCCCUAGAAUGUGGUGUAAAGAAGAAGGAUUUGGGUAGGAUUGUUCCUACUGUCGAAUGUCGAUGCGGUUUCAGAUUCUGCUUUGGCUGCCCGAACCCAGAUCACCAACCAGCGCCUUGUGAUUUGGUCAAGAAAUGGUUGAAAAAGUGUGCCGACGACUCGGAAACCGCCAACUGGAUCUCGGCAAACACCAAGGAAUGCCCAAAGUGCAAUUCGACCAUCGAAAAAAACGGAGGCUGCAACCACAUGACAUGCCGAAAGUGCAAAUACGAAUUCUGCUGGAUGUGUAUGGGACUCUGGUCCGAGCAUGGAACCAGCUGGUACAAUUGUAACAGAUAUGAGGAGAAAAGCGGUUCCGAGGCUCGCGAUGCUCAGGCAAAAUCUCGAACGUCCCUUGAGCGCUAUCUACAUUACUACAAUCGCUACGCCAACCACGAACAAUCAGCCAAACUCGACAAGGAUAUUGCCCAGAAAACCGAAAAGAAGAUGGUCCAGCUUCAGAGUGCUUCAGGCAUGUCCUGGAUUGAGGUCCAGUACCUCAACUCUGCAUCCCAGGCUCUUCAAACCUGCCGGCAAACUCUUAAAUGGACAUAUGCCUUUGCAUUUUAUCUCGCUCGAAACAACCUGACAGAGAUUUUCGAGGACAACCAAAAGGAUCUUGAGAUGGCUGUGGAGAACUUGUCUGAAAUGUUUGAGAAGCCCAUUACAGAAUUAUCUGACCCCAAACUCAAAGUUGAUAUUAUGGAUAAAACGUCAUACUGCAACAAGCGUCGUGUUAUCCUCCUUGAGGAUACGGCCGAGAACCUGGCAAAUGGCGAAUGGAACUUUAACGCAGAUCUUUUGGCUGCCACUACCUCUGCACCUGUUCAUCGUCGCUGAAGUAUGGAUGCAAUACAAUACGAUUUUCAUCGGAAUUUCGUAUUCUUGCCAAGUAAAGACAGCAUUCAUUGUCGUGCUAGACACAGGGAAGCUAUGAGUUGAACUCCCAGUCCUUGCCAUGUCGCCAGCGUGCGGCCAAGAUGAUUGGCCAAUCAACGAUCUACUUGUCCCUUGGGCAAGUAUACGCUCAGGCAAUCCUGGUAUGCAGCAUUUAGUUAGGACAUGGAGGUUUAAUCUCUACCUACAAGGUGUCAUCCUGCUAUAUGACUUCCCAUGCAUUUGCCCCAUUGCCCCGAUUCGGCACCACUUGUCUCGACUUACUGUUUCCUACAUUUUAUGGUCAGUCCUUUUCUUCCCCUGCUUCAGAAGAUAGGACAAGCAUGGAAUCCUGGCGUUGGCCCGUUGGAGGUAUUGAUUGGCGUGGAGCAGGGGGGUUGGUAUCUUGAUUGAGCUGCUGGAACUAGGAAGAACUCGGGUUAUAGACUUGUUAUGGCAUGUUAUUUCCAGCGGUUCAGGAUAUGGG